AUGACCAUCAUCAAGUCUUCCAUCAAUCCAAUGGCUGCCCCAAAGGUCCAAUCACAUUCUUCCGAGCGCCCCUUUGCUUUCAUAAGCCACCCUGGUACAGCUCAUAGAGACACUGAAGUACUGAGCCUGGCAGGUGAGGAUGUGGAUUUGACGGACUCGAGUCUUUCGGGGCUAUACGAUACGUUUAUACGACGCACUGAGGACAUGCGAAUGGAAAUUGACUCCAGCGGCGACGAUGACUUUUUCGAGCAGUCCAUGAGUCAGCUCACUUUCAGCCAGAAAGAUGAGACACUUCCAUCUGCUGAGAACUAUAGCUCUGCUGCCCGUGCUCUUCACAAAACCUCUACUCGUCAUCCUGCAUUCAACCGUCCUCCGCCGCCCCCUUUGACUGAAGCCAUUUCGUGUGUUCAGGUGAGCAACGAAUUCAUAUUCCGUGCUUCACUUACUGACAGUAAACUUCAUCAGAAGAUUUACGAUCUGACACUGGAUAAUGAGCCCGUUACUGACAACUCGGCGACUACCAGCACUGCCACUACUCGGUUGGCACAAAGGACGCUUGACCAGUCCCAUCCUGUCUACUGGCAUGAUGGGAUAUUCUACAAGGCCGGAAUGUGCGUGGAGUUCAAAGAUCACUCUUUCAUGAAGAUUCUCGGAAUUGUUCCUCAAUCUGAUGAUCUAAGUUUCUUCGGUUGGAGAAUAUUUCGGUCAACUCAUGCUGAGUGUGGCACAUUUCUACCCAAAAUCAACAAUGAGUUGGUCUGGGUGACACAAGUUGAAGAUUUCAUGAGCUCGAGAUUUGUCAAGCGCAAAGUCAGGAUCCGAUUCACCAAUUUCCGAUCAAGUCUGAUGAGCAAUCCUCGCAGACUGACCUGUCGGCUCAAGUUGACCAUUCGACAGUCGGGUGUUGUACUUGGCUCUGAUCUUGCCCCGAUUACGUCGGACCAGUUUGCCAUUGAAUAUCUCGAGUACAAUGAAACAGAUCCUGGGCUCGGGAAAUGGUCAAACGAGCUUCGUGCUGAAUGGCGUGGGGAGACUGUGCCCUUUGGGGCCGCCGAGAAGUCCUCUCGAGCUCUGGAAAUUGAAUGCGAGACGGGUAUAAUUGACCUUGAGCCUGAGCGGACGUAUACUUUUGGCGACACCUUCUGCGGCGGCGGUGGUGUGUCUUGUGGUGCAAAGCAAGCCGGGCUGAAACUCAAAUACGCCAACGAUAGUGACGAGAAGGCCUUGUCAACAUAUUUGCUCAAUCACAGUGAUGUCGAGGCGGAAUGUUCGGACUUCAAUACCUUCGUCACAAACGACGCGAAGUUCCUACACGUGGAUAUCGCCCAUGCCUCUCCUCCUUGCCAAACAUUUUCGCCAGCACACACGGUCAACAGCUCUAGGGAUGAAGCCAAUUCCGCCUGCAUUUUCUCGGGUGUUGAUUUGGCUAGGGUCUCCAAGUGUCGAAUUUUGACGCUUGAGGAAACUUCAGGGUUACCGACUAGGCAUAUCUUGACUUUCAACCGAAUGGUGCUGAGCCUGGUAGAAAUCGGGUUUUCUGUGCGCUGGUCUAUCCUUGGCUGCGAUCGAUAUGGAGUUCCGCAGGAUAGGAAAAGGUUGAUGAUAAUUGCUGCAGGACCUGGUGAAACGCUGCCUCAUUAUGCCGAGCCCACCCAUGGUGACUCCCGUGCUGGUAGCAAGGUCCUCCCCCGAGCGACGAUUGGUUCCACCAUCAAGGACAUUCCCGUCGGUGCCCCAGACCAUAACCCAGAUAGGGGCCUCGAGCGAUGGCGUUUAACUCACCGAGAAGCAUUUGAAGCGGAGAGCCUUGCGAAGACAAUUACCUGCGGAGGAGGGGAGUUUAAUUAUCACCCGUCAGGAAAGAGGCCUUACACAGACCGAGAAAUGGCGGUCCUGCAGACGUUUCCGAUGAGUUAUCGGUUCUCAGGAGUCUACACGCGGAAACAGAUCGGCAAUGCGGUGCCACCGUUGUUUGCAAAGGCGAUUUAUAGUGAAGUGGUGCGAUCACUACGGGAGACCGACCGGGCAGAGGCACAGGGGAAGUUCCGUUAG